AUGAUUCUCUCCAAUAAUUCUCACUUCCCACAUACUUUCUUCUUGGCUGGUAUCCCAGGACUGACUGCUGCCCACAUUUGGAUCUCACUUCCCUUUUGCUUCAUGUUCUUCCUGGCAAUGACUGGGAAUUGUGUCCUGCUUUUUCUUAUCCGGACAGAGCGCAGCCUUCACCAGCCCAUGUUUUUCUUUCUUGCCAUGCUCUCCUUUGUCGACCUGGUUCUCUCCCUCUCCACUCUGCCCAAGAUGCUGGCCAUUUUCUGGUUUAGUGCUACAGCUAUCAGCUCCCACUCCUGUCUUUCCCAGAUGUUCUUCAUCCAUGCAUUCUCUGCUAUGGAGUCAGGAGUGCUGGUGGCCAUGGCCAUGGACCGCUUUGUGGCCAUCUGUAACCCGCUACAUUAUGCAACUAUUCUUACACCAUUUGUUGUUGCCAAGAUUGGAGGCCUGGUGGUUCUGCGAGGUGUGGGGUUGACCAUCUCCUUUCCAACCUUGGCUCGUCGGCUGCCCUACUGUGGCUCUCAUACAAUUGCCUAUACCUACUGUGAGCAUAUGGCAGUAGUAAAGUUGGCCUGUGGCGCCACCACUGUGGAUAAUCUCUAUGCCUUUGCUGUGGCAAUCUUUCUUGGUGUGGGGGAUGUGGCCUUUAUCGCUUACUCCUAUGGGCAGAUUGUGAGGACUGUGAUUAAUUUUCCUUCACCUGAGGCACGUGCUAAAGCAGGCAGCACAUGUACAGCUCAUGUCUGUGUCAUCCUCUUCUUCUAUGGACCAGGCUUUCUUUCUGUGGUCAUGCAGCGCUUUGGCCCACCCACAGCCUCUGCUGCUAAGGUUAUUCUUGCCAAUCUCUACUUGCUCUUUCCCCCUGCCCUGGACCCCAUUGUCUAUGGGGUCAAGACCAAACAGAUCCGUGAUCAGCUGUUUAAAAUGCUAAGGCCCAAGCAGAUUGAUCCCACCUGA